UGUGAAACCCCGUUAAUACCCGAUGCCCUCUCAUUCCGCCUCAGUCCAGCAGGUGGCAGCAGAGCAGUUCUGAGUUCACAGGUUGCUCAGAGAUCACGUGACAGGAAGUGAAACGUGUACUUUACGACAUUCACUGUGCUCUUUGCCUUGCAGUCAGAAGCUGUGGGACUUUUAUUUUGUAGCCUCCACCGACAGGAAGUGAAGCAUAAAAUGUGACUUUGAUCUGAUGAUGACCUGCGUCCGCAUCAAAGUCCAAACUGAAAGCAACAUGGCGGACCAGAAGAAGAUCCUGUGUGUGGGUCUGGUUUGUCUGGACGUCAUCAGCGUGGUGGAAGAAUACCCGGAGGAGGACACCGACACCAGGUGUGUGUCGCAGCGGUGGCAGCGUGGAGGAAACGCUUCAAACUCGUGUACGGUUCUGUCCCUGCUGGGGGCGCCGUGCGCCUUCAUGGGCUCGCUGGCUGCCGGGCCGGUGGCGGAUUUCAUCAUGGCCGACUUCUUGCAGCGUGCCAUUGACGUGUCAGCAGUUGCUUGGCAGGUCAAAGGUCAAACUCCAAGUGCAUGUUGCGUGGUUUGUCCAUCCAGCGGAUCUCGAACCGUCCUCCUCUACGAUACGGAUCUUCCUGAUGUAACGGCGGAGGACUUUUCCAGAAUCGACCUGGCUCAGUUCAAGUGGAUCCACUGGGAGGGCCGAAACCCUGGCGAACAGGUGAAGAUGAUCCUGCAGGUGGAGAAGUUUAACGCCCAGCUUCCUGACCAUCAGAGGAUCGGCGUCUCUGUGGAGAUCGAGAAAACCAGAGAGCCGCUGUACGAGCUCUUCCCCUACGGAGACGUGGUGUUUGUCAGCAAAGACGUUGCUCGUCAAUUUGGCUUCGACUCGGCUGAAGCGGCUCUGAAAGGACUCUACCCUCGAGUGAAGAAGGGGGCUGUCCUGAUCUGUGCCUGGGCUGAGAAAGGAGCGGACGCUUUGGGUCCUGACGGUCUGCUGCUCCACUCCGACGCGUUUCCUCCUGAGACGCUGGUGGACACGCUGGGAGCCGGAGACACCUUCAACGCCGGCGUCCUCCACACACGCUGUCCAACGCGUGCAGAUGCGCUGGCCUUUGGCUGCCGGAUUGCGGGCAGGAAGUGUGGUUUCCAUGGUUAUGACGGCAUCAGAGACAAGUGAUGCAGAACCGACCCGACGGAACCGACCCGACCCGACGGAACCGACCCGACGGAACCGACCCGACCCGACGGAACCGACCGACGGAACCGACCCGACCCGACGGAAC